AUGGCGUUUUGUUGGUAUAAUCGUCGCGUACCUAUCCUCAGGGCCCGCGGGUUGCCACUCUCAUAUUCUGCGAUCGCGCUUCUUCACGUGUACUGGAUCCUUGGCCAGAUCACCUAUCCGAUUGGUGCGACCAUGCCAACGAUCCUUGCCUACGAUAUCCAGUACUUCGGCAUGGGUAUCUACUUCCCACUGGGCAUCGCUCUGUUCCACGCCUCCAACCUCCGAUUUCUUCACGUCGCCAAGAUCUCCGAUACCUCUUGGCUGUGUCGCCUUCUAAACAUGGAUUAUAUGAAACGGGCAUUUCUGUUUAUCAGAAUCGGGAUCGUCUUUCAGUUCAUCCUCUCCGUCUGCAUGUGGCUCGCUUGCGCAAAGUAUCAUCCGACAUUCGGGAUUCACGGAAUGGAACUGCAUAGCACAACGGUGCUAGAGCAAAUCAUAGAGCUAGGUCGAGGAUGGGAAUGGCGGCCGUCCAUGUUAUGGCUAGUCAUCUGGACAUGGAUUGCGGCACCGAUGCUUAUUUGGGAAGCUUGGGACAUCCAUGAUACGAUGAGAUGGCGGACUCAAACAGUCGCCUGUUGCAUCUCAAGGAUCCACUUGUCGAUCAUGAUGUUCGAGAUCUUCACUGUAUUCGUUCCCAUCUUCGAAGUAGUCAAGCUCUGGAUGAUAAACAAGAAAACGACCAACUCGAUGACCAAAUUCCAUUCGACGUCCUCGUCCACGCUAUUCCAAAGAGCAGUGUCGGUCGGCACCAAAAACAUUUCCUCAUCGACACUCGCCGAGAAGGGACAGGUGAUCGAAGUUAUGGACGAAUCCACUAGUGAGCGUUUGUACACGAUGGAUGCUCUCGAACAAACUCUCAGCACGAAUGCCAAUGAGCUCCAGGAAUUCGCCGCACUUAGUGAUUUCUCCGGCGAAAAUAUCGCGUUCAUGAGUGAGAUCGCAAAAUGGAAAUCGUCCUGGCCAGAGAGCCUCGACUUCAAUGACGAGCGUCAGACCAUUGGUGCAUUUAAUUUAGGCGCUACGCAUCUACGGGGGCUUUAUCAGUACACAAGAUGUGGAGUUCCCACUGAAUAUCUCCUCGCAGAGCCUCAAGAACAUGGAACGAACUACACGGGAGACAUCCCUGCAGUCUUCGACAUGACCAUAUUCGAUGCCAUUCGGGUCCAUGUUAAAUACUUGGUUUUGACCAACACCUGGCCGAAGUUCGUAGAGUCAAUGCGCCGCCGAUCGAUUGACUCACAGGAUACCGAAUUUUCGGCAGCCUCGGGGACCCCCUUGUUGAGCUGGAUUCCAGAAAAGCGUGCGAAAUUGAAAUAA